AUGGGUAUGAUAUCGCAGCACAAAGGGGUAAGCAACCGCAUCCUGCGAGAGCUAGGGUGGGUGGUAGUAGUGCGUGGAAACCAAGAUAGUCCACAAAAUAGUGAAUUAUCCCUCCGCGGGAGAGCUGAUAGUAAGAUCUAUGAAAUGAUUAGCGUAACAUGGAACACAAGCAAGUUGUACCCUAAGGGCUUGGCACGGGGUAUAUAG